AUGAUUACCUGCAGAACCAAGAGGAUGUGCCAGGACCAGGCGUGUGAUCGAGCUCGGAUCUGCCAAUCACAAGUCCAGAGACAGUAUGACUCCACCCUCCGCUUUGUUGUCCAAUCAAGUGACUCGGUACAACUUGAUGAUUUGUGUUUAGUGGGCAUCACUGUUGUGAACAAAAAAGACAACACUAGACCACUGCAUUCCAAUUUCAGGGCUCAUCGCAACUUCACUAAGUGUUUGAACAGCUUCCCCGACAAGCCAUGUGAACAGUUCCACGCUCUCCUCCCCUUUCUCUUCCGGUAUGAUUACCUGCAGAACCAGAGGAUGUGCCAGGACCAGGCGUGUGAUCGAGCUCGGAUCUGCCAAUCACAAGUCCAGAGACAGUAUGACUCCACCCUCCGCUUUGUUGUCCAAUCAAGUGACUCGGUACAACUUGAUGAUUUGUGUUUAGUUGUCAUCCGUGGCAAUGAACAAACAGACUGUUACAGCGAAUACAUUGACGAAUGUACCGAUGUACCAGAACAUCCCCUCCGACAACAAUGGGGAGAAAUGGUGAUGGACAUACGGCAAUUGUGUGAUAACGAUUGCGCGAAUGUCAUGAACGGCAUCCCUAGUUGCCACGAUGCCGUCCUGUACGAGAGCUUCAACGGCAACAGCUGGUCGCAGUUCUGUCAGUCGCACAGCAAUGCCACAGCCUGUGUGAAGAAUUUGAACUGCGCGCUAGGUACAUCCAUGUUUAACAAGCUGCUCAGAUCAGAAGUGGAAGGCUUUGUUGCAAAUGUUUGCAUUAAUGAAUGCGCUAACCUUGACGAUACUUUGUUGUCUUUGGAGAGAUGUUUUCCCUCCCUGAGCAGAGCAGGAACUCCGGGCGAUGACUGCAAACAAUAUUAUGCCUUCGAGAACUGCAUGGGCAGGUCUACAGUCGCCCCUUGCAAAGAAGUGGACGGCAUCCUGAACUUCUUGUCGCCUAACUUCACUUCACGAAAAGACAGAUGCACAACCACUACUAGACCAACAACAACCUCAACUACAACAACAACAACAACAACAACAACGACUACUACUACUACUACAACAACACCUACCACAACAACUACUUCCACGACGACCACCACCACUACGCCGUCCACUACGACUACUGAAUUGACUACAACUAUUCCAUCCACGGAAGAAACGACAUCAACUAGUACAGCAUCAUCAUCAUCAUCAACAACAACAUCAACAACUACGACAACGACGACGACGACGACGACGACGACGAUGACUCCUCCUCCCGCCACGACAUUGGAAACAACCAUCGACAUCCCUGAUAUUUCAGCCUGUAUAACUCUAAACCUCAUGAAAGCUAUUAACGCUUCUAUACAAAAAAACAACGCUACAUCGCCUGAAGAUAACUCCGGACUCUGCGUGGAGAUCGUUGGGCUGGCAUCCUGCCUCACGUCCAGGUGCCCCACCCUGAAGGAACUGUCCCGCUGUCUGCUGACCCUACCCCCCAGCGUCCGACGUCACGUGGACCGGACCCUCCCGCACUGCCGACCCCACAUACAGAAGGUCCACGAGGAGAUGGUGGACUACAGGGCGCUGUCCAGCAACACCCAUAGACGAUACUUUAACAUUACGUGUACACGAGCAUCCGGAGCUUCAACUCGAGAGACGACAGCAACUAUGCUCUUCGUAACGCUGAUGACGUCAUUCCUGAUAAUGGGUAGACUGUAAAACUAGGACCUGAAAACAGUGGACACUCAGGAAAAAAAUAUUCAGCAGUUUUCAGCCCCACGCCAAACAAAAAUACGUCCCUCGUUUAUGGUCAACAUAUUUCGUUUACAUCUUGGAUGAUUCACAAAAUUCUACACACUUUUUUGAAAUUUAUUUGAUUUGGAUCAGUAUGAUUUGAAAUGUUUUAAAUUUGAAAAUAGCACAUUGUGGUUUUACUCUUAUACUGAUUUAAAUACUCUCCAGAGUUUACGUUCCGAUAAAUCUCAAAUAGUACAAUGAUUGUAUUACCUCCCUUUGCUGGCUCUGACUUCUCACAGUAGCCUAUCAGGUAAGCCGUUACAACCAAGCUUUUCAGUGUCAACAAAGAUGGCAACCGCGAAGGUUUGCUCGCUGUUCGACUCAGAUUUAAGGAAGAAAUCAUACAGACAAAUUGGCAGGUCUGAAAUAUAUGCAAGAACUCCUACCUCUUUCAGGGUAUCUCUGCAACAAAUGUUUUGCCAAGUUUAAUCGGUUAGAUACAAGAAGCGGAAGUGAGUUAUGAUAGAAGCCUUAUGAUUGGUACGCUCAACUUCCCAGCGUAGACACCUGAUUAGAUAAAGAGCCAGCAAAUGGAGGUAAUACAAUUAUCGGGCCGAGCCGUAGAUGCAUCCAGGUUAUUAGUGAAGAUUUAUCGGAUCAUAUACCCUGGAAAUUAUCGAGGGUGGAUACUAAUGUGCAUUGUUUCAAACAAUGACCGAAAAAUAUCGUGUGUGAAAGAAAAGUCCCAUGCUCACUCACUCCAAA